CAUAACGCGAUUAAUUUUCCUAUAGAAGAUAUAGAUAACCGAUGAAUUCAAUUUCUUUUUGUUUUUUAUUUAUUUAUUUAUUUUUGUUCACACAUUUUUGAAGUUGUAAUCGUUAGAAACCUUUAGCAAUCACGAAAAACGUUGCAUUUGCACAGUUUGUUAAAUUUUAAAGUUCUAUAAUUCGAUAAAAAAGUACUCUGUUGGUACUCUCUACAACUUUGACACUCUCUACGACUUUUAUUAUAUUGAAAAUAUUGAUUUACGUUUAAAACAAUUAUUACAAUAUUCCAUAUCUCGACAACAGUGCCCUCUAUGAAAUAGCUGCAAUAAAUAUUGAAUUUCUCCCUCAAAAUUUAACAACUUUCGUUUGACAAAUUUGUUUAUAAAAUUAAUAGGAUCAGAGAUAUUAAAUCGUAUCGUAUAAAAUGAAGCACCCUGUAUAGUCAACACGCGUUUCGAUGAACAACGCAAAUGAAUUUUGAUUAUCUUUGAAGUUUCCAUGAUGAAAGUAAUGUACAUUAUAAGAUUGUUGUAUGUGUACGAAAGAAUUAAUUCAGAAAUGGGCCAGGGUUCGAAUCCAGGUCCCUUCAUGUCAGUACUUUAAUCAAUCAAUUGUAAGAUACUCAAAUAGCUUCGUGGAAUCUAUUCUAGAUCGUUCAUAGUCUUCUUAGGUCAUUAUGGCUUACAAUAAUUCCUUCAUGUCUACCAAUUCCGAUGAUACAAGUGUCCUAGAAUCUUCUUAAAUCUAACCUAAUUUACUAUCGUGAAUUGAUCCCUACUUCAAUGACAAUUCGUACGAUUUGAUCCGACUCGAUAUGUAAAUUGAAACCAAUUUGAAUACUAUAGCAACUCGAUUCGCUGUACGAAGUUAUUCAAUUAUUCAACAAAUUAAUAGAUUUACAACUAGGCUAUUUAAACGUACAAUAUUUCUAAAACAAUCACUGUAAAAAAAAAAAAAAAAAAAAUCCUAGAGAUGUUCCAGAACUCGAGCGUAUCUCCCAGAAAAUGUCGAGACACUUUAACAAACAAAACCACCGAAUAUCUCUGCGGAAUGUAUUCCUCAAACCCUCUUGAAUGAAACUGACGAUUAACAUGUCAUAUCACGGUAAUAACAUCUUACAUCAUCUUACCUAUUCUACAAACUUUUACAAGCUAUCGAUAACUAAAAUAAUAGACAUUUAACGAUUAUAAUAAUAACUUGUACAGUAUCUAAUAAAAAGAUCAUUUCACGCGUCAUGGAAUAAGAAAAUAUAAAUGAUCGAUGAAAGAGAUCGAAUGAAUCAUUGAAUUGUGUCAAGUACGAUGAGAAUGAGAAACCAAGUAGUUAUGUUUGAGAGCUAUAGGAAGGGAUUGUAAGAGGAAUGAGGAGUUGGGUGUAGGAAAUAGGGAAUGAGGAAUAGGAAAUGGGGAGUGGGGAAUAGAGAGUAGGGGUAUAGGUAGGGGUGCUGAAGAGAAGCACCAUGGAGUCUGCGGGCUGCGGUACGGCGAGUACGUCGAGAGGCUUGGGGUUAAUACGGUGGCCGGUGAUGCACGACCGACGCAGCGCUGCGGGCAUAGCGGCUGACCGCACGCCAGCUGCCCAACGUCGGCUCGAGCCGCCCGCAAAAAUCUCUGCCUGACCCUUGUGCCCGCGGUGUUGCAAACAGCUCCACCCACACCUCACCUAACUUCCUCUCCUCUCCUCUCUUCUCCUCUCUUCUCCUCUCCUCUCCUCUCCUCUAUUCUCCUCAUUCUCUGUUUCUCUCUCUCUCUCUCUCUCUGUCUCUUGUUUAACGCUCGGACUAUCCUCGCACGCGACCCAACUUGCUUUCGAUGCACGUACGAUUUGAUGUCACGUUGAUUAAUAGUUUACAAGACUGAUUAUUGCUGAUUCGGUUUCUCUAAUUGAUGAUUGAUUUUGUUAAUUUAUCUUUUUUUUUUCUUUGUCUCUUUCUUUGAUUUUUUCUUUGAUUUUUAUUUUUGAGAAAUGUGAUGUUUGCAGGUAGUAUGAAAAGGAGUAAUAUGAUACGCUUUGAGAUUGAUCGUUGACGAUCGAUUAAACAAUUGUUUAAUUGUUGUUGAGAUUUUAGAUGAUAAUCAGUACGGAAUACUUAUCGAAAUUAAUUUUUUGGAUAAAGUUAAAUGGGAUGUUGAUGGUAUUAGAAUUAGAGUUGUUACUCAAAAUGUUGGGUUACUGUAUAUGUGAUUUAAGAUCUACGAUCGAUUGUUUCUGACAAAUCCUAUGUUUUAACACUUUAUCGAAUUUUGGAAAAAAUUUAUUACGAAUCCAAGCUUCAAUCAACUUAGAGUCAUCCAGGUCCACUUAUCGAAACCAUUUUUCAAAAUCCGUAACAUUCUUACGAUAUUAAUGACAACUAUAUCUAUUAUUAAACCACUACAUCUUUCGAAUUUCAAAAAAGAAAACUAUAUCGAGCUAUACCGUACAAAUUUCAUCGAAAUUCGCCGAGUUAACUAGUCCACGAAUGUGCACGAAAGUUUUGAAUUUUUCACGUCCAAUUUUUCACGUUAAUAUACGUUUCCGGAAAAAAAAAAGAAGAAAGAAAAAAACAGCAAAAGAAAUAAAUCCUUUACUAAGAUUAGGUGUGUCUAUCGGAAUGGCCUAGAAUCAUUCCGUAUUAUUUCAUCAAAUUCAAAGAUACAAACCUAUUAGGAAUUUCCCAGGUGUUCCGCGUCUUCCCGAAGUCUCGUUGUUUUAUUCCGCAUGUAUAAUUCAGUCGAAAUAAAUUUGUGAAUAGUUUUUUCUUUUCUUUCUUUUUUUUUUUUUUUCUAUUCUUUUGUACGUCAUCAUGAUAGAUACACCGUAUAUACACGAUAUGCGUAGAAAAAAAAGAAACGGAUUGAUAUUUAACGCACGGCCGAACGCGAGGAGGUAAUUGCGUUUAAACGACGCCGGUUGCGUACGCGACUCCCACGUCCGCUGUGUCGGCGUGCAUUAAGCGUGUAAAUAAUAGUAUUCUCAUCGCGGCUUGAAAACGACGACGACUACUACGGGGAGGUAGGAAGAGUAAAGAAGAAAUAGAAGAAGAGAGGAACAAGAAAGAAGAAAAUUAAAAAGAAGAAGAAGAAGAAAAAGAAAGCGACGUGCGCGAUAGCUUUGAUUACGCGUCAUCCACGUCUCGUCGUUGUUGUCAUCGUCCUCGUCGACGAUCGUCAUCUCUGGCAACUGGCGAGAGAAAACGUAACGGCUUUGCAUUGGGCCGCGAAACACGGCGACGAGAACAUCGUCAAAAUGAUUGCUGGCACGUACAGGGACUACAUCAAGGACGUGAACGUAACCACGUUGGAUUCAUCAUUCGUUCUCUUAUCGCAGAAUGGGGGUUACACGCCUCUGCAUAUAGCGAUGCAAUUCGAUCAUGAAAACGUUUUCAACUUGCUGGUACAAGUAUAUGGUGCGAAUCAAGAGAUACGUGAUUACAGUGGUAAGAAAGCCAGACAGUAUCUAGUUUCUCAAGAGGCCGCAGUUAGCCAGGACACCUUUCGCAAAAUAAAAGCAAGGAAAAAGCAUGCAGAGAAAGAUCUUGGUUUCCUACGAAUUGGCUCGUUGAACGUACGCGUGAAACGUACGACGGAAGCAUUCAGCCAGUUUCUGGGUGUGGCAACUAGUAGCAGCAACAGCAACAACAACAACGAAAAGAUUCAUAAGUCUUGGGGUUCGGCGGAUAAUGUACAGAAAUUAGAUCAGAAGGUAAUGCCACCGCCGAAAUAUGCGCCAGUUAAAAAACGAAGAAGUAGAAGAACCCAAGAUUUCUCUAGAGGUCAACAGCAAGCUGCAAGUCAACCGAAUACGCCAGUACUUCAGGGUAAAGCAACGAACAGGCAAAAUCAAAUCGGUAGUCGUCGACCAACUUCAACGUCGUCCGUCAAUUCUGCCAUUCCUACGAAUCAACAAAAUAAUGAUUCCGAUUCUGACACGGCAUGCGGUUUUGAUUCCGCAUGGCGUGGAUCCGCGCAACUCUAAAAAAUCUUACACAUGUAAAUGUAAUUCAUGAAAAAUCUAUUAUCCAUACUUACAGUUACAUAUAUACAAUAUUAUAUUUUUAUUAAUAUAGUGAUCACUUAAAUUUAAAUAUUUAAGCGCUAUCACAAUUAUUAUAUCUUUAUUUUUUUCUUUCUCUUAAACAAUGUUUUUCAUUUAUCUAUUCUCAGGAUUGUAUAAUGAUUAUUUAUGUAUUGUUCAUUUCUUUUUAAUCUUGUGUCAAUUAUUUCCUACUAUUUAUAUUAAUUAACAUUAUUUCUAUAAACAUUCCUUUAUUUCAUUAUUCUUAAAAGUAUUAUUUAACGCCGUUUGGCGCUAAAUAACAAUUUUGUUAAGUAUUGUCAAGUAUUGUUAAAAAUAAAUAAAGACUCAACGUGCAUCGUCA